AUGACCAAACCUGAUUUUGAUUGGGAAACCAUGAAAGAAGCCUUAAGAGCUAAGUUUUACCCUCCCUAUCUAAAGAAGCAGAAAUGCCUAGAAUUUACAAACCUUAGAAUGGGCACCAUGACUGUGAAUGAGUAUUACACCAAGUUCAUAGAGCUAAUGAGGUUUGCACCUGAAAUAGUCCCAACUGAAGCCAUAAAAGCUCAAAGGUUUGAGCAAGGGUUAACUUUGACUUUGCAAGGGAAGCUUGGGGGAGUUAACUUUGAAUCCUUAGAUGAUGUUUAUGGUCGUGCACCUCACCUAUAUGGGAUUAAAGGAAGAGAGCUUGAUGGAAAUUCUAGUGAAAAGAGGAAGGGAAAUGGAAACUUCCAAUGGAAUGAGAAGAAACCUAAGCUGGAUGGGGAUUUUAACCAUGGAAAGAAGGAAGGGAAUUUUAACCAAACUAGAGAAGAGAAUCGCAAUAUCACCCAAAAAUGGAAGGGAAAUUAUGAAAAUGGAAGUAACGGGAACGAGGAUAAGCCUAAAAGGAACUACUUUUGCAAAAAGUGUGGGAAUAACCAUCCAGGAAUGGAUUGUGAGGGAAACCUAGUUACUUGUUAUUUCUGUAAGAAGCAAGGGCAUCGUGAGUUUGAAUGCUACAAGAAAGCAUUUGGGGAAUCAACAUAUAACCUAGGCUAA